AUGAAUAUACCCCCUGUUGAUGUAGCCGACGAUGAGGAUUUGCAAUGGUUUAUGUCUAUUCACACAGAAGCGGCGUUGUGUGUAAUUGCAGAUGAAUAUAAUGCUGGAGAGCACGAACUGCAUGUCAGAGUUGAGCCUUUGUCACCAAUAGAAGAUGCAUUGUGUAGACGCGAUGAAGUCGAUAUGUGCGAACUACAAGAGUCACAAAUGAUUGAUAAUAUGGAUGAACGUUUAGGUGAAGUACGAGCUUCUAAGAUAAAAACUUUAGAAAUAUUUACGAUUCGAGAGUACAUACCUGAGCACACAUGUUUUCUAGACGUUCGACGAAAUGCACAAAUUCUUGCAAUGAGUGCAGUGAUUGGGCAUCACAUAAUGCGAAGGUUGGACGAUGCAAACCAAUCAUACGUUCCUACAGGUAUUAUUGGGGAUAUGGAACGUGAGUUUGGUGUACGGAUUACCUACAACAAAGCGUGGAGGGCUAAAGAGAAGGGACUUCGAUUUCUUCGUGGUACACCCGAAGAAAGUUUCCAGAAAUUGCCAUCAUAUUGUCACAUGUUAACCGAGAAAAAUCCAAGAACUAUUGCACACAUUGAACUCAACUCGAAUAAUAGGUUCUUGUACUUCUUCUUAGUGUUCGGGCCUAGUGUACGUGGUUUUCGAGAAUACAUGAGGCCAGUAAUUUGUGUUGAUGGAAGUCAUUUGAAGGGUCAGUAUAAGGGAACACUACUAGUAGCUACAGCGCAAGAUGCUAACCUACAAAUAUAUCCUCUUGCGUGGAGUGUUGUCGAUGGGGAAACAAAUGCAUCGUGGUAUUGGUUCUUUGCAAAGUUGAAAGAUAUCGUUGAUGAUUCAAACCAGCUAGUGUUUGUGUCGGACAGGAAGAAGAGUAUUAAGCGGGCAAUUACGAGGUUGUUCCCACUUUCUCACCACAGUACCUGCAUCUGGCAUAUCGAGAAAAAUCUUAUUGCUAGGUAUAGUAGUAGCAAUGUCAUCUUCUUAUUCAAGCGGGCAGCGCUAGCAUACCGCGUAUCGAAAUUUGAUCAGUUCAUGACACAUAUAAGAACCAUUCGACCGUUAAUGGUAUCUUACUUGGAAUGUGCAGGUAUAUCCACCUGGUCACGGGCACAUUUUGUUGGUAAUCGGUACAACGUUAUGACGAAUAACAUUGCGGAGUCACUGAAUUCAGUCUUAAGGCAACAAAGAAGUUUCUCUAUAACCUUGUUGAUCAAAAAUAUUACGUCAUUAAUGCAACGAUGGUUCUACGAGAGAAAAAGUGCAUCCACGAAAUGUAGUACGACUGUGACACCAAAAAUUGAUGAUGAAUUGAGAAAAUCAAUCGACGUCGAUACAACUUUACCAGUACGAAAUUUGGACGAACUCGUUUUUGAGGUAGGUAUAGCUACCGAACUUUGUACUGUCGACCUUAUAGAAUAUUGGCGAGCUGCGUACAACAAAGUUUUUCACCCCGUUGGUCGAGAGUCAAAUUGGGUUGUUCCUCAGUCUAUUCGUUCCAUCGAAGUUUUACCCCCGAAUAUACGUAGAGCACCAGGUCAAGAACUAAAAGGUCGACGUUGA